CUAAAAUGGAAACAGUGACACUCAGUGGAAAGAAGGAGAACUGCAGUGGUGGCUGAAAGCCCGGAUGGAGCAGCCAUUGGGGAAGUACUGGGCUUUAACGUAACUGAAGAGGGCUCCUCUCUCACUGGAAUUAAAUCGUCAAAGUAACAGGCGACGAGGAACCGCAUUCCAGUUCCGCGACAUCCGUUCAUUGACUCGUUACCUUCGCUCGAAAACAAGCCAAAGGACUUAUUUGGGACAUUGUUCGAGCAAGUUUGUGACGGCGCACAGCGGCGCUGCUAGCUUGCUACUAGCCGACAUUGCUAACUGGAUCUGAGAAGUCCAGCUUGUGUCAACUUGCCUUCAAAUCACGGAGCUUGAGAUCCAGUCACAAGGUCAAGCUCGGUGAAAACAAAUCCAAGGACUUGCUUCAUGAAUUAUGUCUGCCGCAAGCAUUGACCCUCAGCGAUCAAAGGGACAAGCAUCCAAAGUGCAAAAUGGUUCGCUUCAUCAGAAAGAGACUGUCCAUGACAAUGACUUUGAGCCAUACCUCACUAGUCAAUCAACUCAGAACAACAGCUACCAGUCUAUCACCGAUCCUUACCUUUCCAGUUACUACGCUCCCUCCAUCGGCUUUCCGUACCCCCUCAGUGAGGCUCCUUGGUCCACAGGUGGGGACCCUCCAAUUCCAUACCUCACCCCUUACGGACCCUUGAGUAAUGGAGACCAUCAUUUCUUGCCGGACACAGUGUUUGGCCAGCCGGGUGGCCUUGGAAGCAGCAUUUACCCUCACAGGUUUAAUUUUUUCCCCGAAAACCCCGCCUUCUCUACUUGGGGCACAAGUGGCUCCCAGGGCCAGCAGACUCAAAGUUCAGCCUAUGGUGGCAGCUAUAGCUAUCCCCCUAGCUCUCUCGGGGGCACCCUGGUGCCCGAUGGUCAGACUGGCUUUCACAGUGACACACUCAACAAAGCCCCUGGUAUGAACAGCCUGGAGCAGGGCAUGGUUGGUUUGAAGAUUGGAGGGGAUGUCACUGGACCGGGGUCAGGAGUCAAGGCUGUAGGGUCAGUGAUUGGUGGGCCAGCUGUGGCAGCCACAGGGAAUGGGGCCACACCCAUUGGAAUGCCCCUGCCCAAACCCGCCUCUUGGGCUGCUAUUGCCAGCAAGCCUGCCAAGCCACAGCAACUAAAAGCUAAGGUAAAGCCAGGGUUGAUCAAUCCUGGGGGAGCUUUUCCUCCACCCCCAAUCAAACACAACAUGAACAUUGGCACCUGGGAAAAGGGUCCUGUAACUAAAGUUCCCACGGCCCCAGUGCAGCAGCAGCCUCUUGGUCUGCCUCACACCAUGCAACAUCAAGCCCCCAUGCAGCAAGGACCCAUGCAGCCUCCCCCUCCUCAGUCUUUGGUACAUCCUCAGAUGCAACCCAUGACCUUACAGCACCAGCCCCCCCAUCACCAGCAUCAUCAGUCACCUCCUCAGCCCUACCAAAACCACACCCAGCCACCACAACCCCAGACCCGAUGGGUGGCCCCACGAAACCGCAACCAAGGCUAUGGGCAGGGAAUCCUUAACCAUGACGGUAGUGGGAUGAUGGGUAUGGUCGGUAGCGGAAACUGUGGCCCCCAAGCCUGUGCCAGCCAGGGACCUGGUGGCGAGUCACAUCCAGUGCUGGAGAAGCUUCGAGCCUCCCACAGCUAUAACCCCAAGGACUUUGAAUGGAACCCGAAGAAUGGACGCGUUUUCAUCAUCAAGAGUUAUUCUGAGGACGACAUCCAUCGCUCCAUCAAGUACUCCAUCUGGUGCAGCACAGAGCACGGCAACAAGCGACUGGACUCAGCCUUCCGGGCAAUGAAUGGCAAAGGCCCCGUGUACUUGCUGUUCAGUGUCAAUGGCAGCGGUCAUUUUUGUGGCGUGGCGGAAAUGCGUUCACCAGUGGACUACGGCACCAGUGCUGGUGUUUGGGCACAGGACAAGUGGAAGGGCAAGUUUGACGUUGACUGGUUGUUCGUUAAGGAUGUGCCUAAUAGCCAGCUGCGCCAUAUUCGCCUGGAGAACAACGACAACAAGCCAGUGACUAACUCCCGUGACACCCAGGAAGUUCCGUUGGAGAAGGCCAAGCAGGUGCUCAAGAUCAUCGCCACCUACAAACACACCACAUCCAUCUUUGAUGACUUUUGUCACUAUGAGAAGAGGCAGGAAGAAGAAGAGGAGGUGCGCAAGACUUUUGAACCUACACCGAUACAGAGCCGCUCUCGGUUGGAUCAGGAGCGUCAAAACAGGAGUAAACAAUAGAGGACAUUUAUCUCUGGCGUGAUCAAGUUACACUAGGACUCGAUUGAUUUAAGAGAGAAGAAUAUGAAAUGCAAACAAGCUCUUUGUUUUUUUAAGUCAAUUCUGGGAAUUAUCUGCCAUCAGUGGGUUUGUCUUUUUUUUUACCCGUGUUCCCGCCCUGCCCCACCACUUGACACUUAUUAUGUGUUGUUGCAGGGGUUUACCAGCUGAUUCAAGUAAUAUUAAUUCCCACCACCCACUUUAAAAUACAUUUUUUAAUAUUUGUCUUACACUUCUCACCAUCCUAUACUUUCACCAGUCCUGCCCUCAUGCUCUCCUCUUCUCAACUGAAUCAGGGUUUGACUGCAUCAUGGAGAAAAAAAGUCUUGCCACUUUAUAUUUCAGUACAAUCAAGAAUGGCCAUGUCCUACCCCUAUUUGUCCACGAGGGGGCAGCAUUGCCAAGUUUUAGAGGUUUAACUGUGCCAAACAGGGUUGGAGCAUCCCAAAGGCAAUGUACAACUUGGAACUGAGCGAAAAUAAAACUUCAAUGAUUUAUCUAUUUUUCAUUCAGAUUGACAAAAUCUCUAUUUUUUGGCUUACUACUGACAACUUUCAUUUCAGAAGCUCAGUUUCUGGAGCCUGUGUGUUUUUUUCUGUAGUUUAUGAACUGCUAACACAGUGACACUGCUGGAGAAAUCAGGGAUAGUGUGACACCACACAAAACUAUAGAGACAAUUCAGAGGAAGACCUCUUGGGAAAGAAAUACAUCCUCCACAACCAGGACCGUCACCCUUUUAAAUCAUACAAUUGUACCCCUUUGCCUUGCUUUCUUUUCAUGAUUGUCUCCAAGGGUGCUUGUCUUGUUCAACCCAGUUUUAGAGGAAUGUGGCAUCCACUAAUUUAAAUUUUCAAAAUCAACAUAUUGUUGUGAUGUAAUUUGCUACAUCAGAUGAGUUGUUGCUCUGUAUUGUUCCACAAACAAAUAUUUCUCUUGUUUGCCACCAUUCUGUCUUAUUUCUCAUUUUUUGUUCCCCCCCUGAACUUGGAUUAAGUCUCAUGUUUGAUCGUAAUGCUAAGCUUUAAUGUAGGAGCCUAUAUAUUCAUGGAGAAAGCCUAAAAAUGUAUAACCUAAUAACUGUAACCGAUUUACUGUCGAGUAAGAACGUUUUGGUGGGUCAUUUGGUCUAUAACCUGAAUUGAUUGCAUAUGA